GACAGAUUUGUGCUACUUCGCGGUAAAGGGCAACAGGAAAUAGUAAGGGUAACACACAGCAAGGAUAUAGGAUACAUAGCAGCUGGAACAAGCUGCUACAAAAAAAAGGGUAAACGUAAGAAACCUCAAGAAAAUAGUCUGGUAGAAUAUAAGAUGACAGGUGCUCGUUUGUGGGAACAGGUUCAGCAGACGGUGUUGGAUCACCAUCAUGCGGCUGGUGUGCAACCAGCCACCACUCGGCACCACCACCAAGAACUUUUUCCUGCAGGACUGGGGGCUUCCUCUUGUAGUGCAUCGUCUUCUUCACGCAACGACAACAAGCUUCUCUACCACGACCAGAAAUUCAUCACAUCCUUCUUCAGCAGACAACGGCAUGACUGCGACGACACAGCUGCUUUCGUUUCCACCUCCAGUCGUGGGGAACAACAACAAAUGAGAAAAGGAGCGGGCUCUUGCAGUAGUUCAUCCUCUUCUCCGUCUGCCCACGCAGCAGCCUCCUCGUCAACGAGUUUCCUCAGCUUCGCGGAAAAUGUAGUUGAUCAUCAUGGUCUUGGUCUACUUAAGAGCUGCCAUCUGCCUAGGUUGACGCUUGGCGGCCAAGUAGAACCAGCACUCCAAAUCACCGGCAUGAAAACAACAGGACAGAAACUCCUCCACGUUUUUCUGAACCCUGAAAAUGGUGAGCAGAGCCAUGGUCUUGAUGUUCCUGCUGGGCGUCUGCGGCUGCGAAAAAAUCCUCACUCGAUUUUAUCGUCUUUUGCGGAAGGGGAAGGUGCAGGUGGUGGUGCGGACGCAGGUGGAGCUGGAGGGCAGUCGGGCGGCAACGCCGGUGGAGGCACCACGACAGGCAAUAACAAUGCGGGCGGAGGUGGAGGAAACAACAAUACAGGUGGAAACAACAAUGCGGGCGGGGGGCAGAAUAAUAAUGGAAACGGGCAGAACCAGAAUAUGAAUAACAACGGAAUGGGCAUGAAUAACGGAAUGGGCAUGAACAACGGGAUGGGCAUGAACAACGGGAUGGGCAUGAAUAACGGAAUGGCGCCAGCCGGCGGGGCGGCGGUCGGGACGCAGGGGUCGUACAUGUCCUAUCUCAUGUCACCAGCGGGGUUUGUGGGAGGUACUGUUCUUUUGUUGCACACUACAAAUUGUUGUUCUUUGUGUUGCAGCUCUUGCUAUUUGUGGUCGUGUUUUCGCAUGAGAAAUUCUGUUUGCCAUGCACAAAAAGAGCAAGAAGGAAUCAAUAAACAAACUUGCGAGGUAUCAUCUUCUACAUGAUGUGUUGCCGGAGCAAGGGGGAUGCGGAUGACAGCGAUACAGAAGCGGCGUCGACGUCGUCGUAAAGAAUGCAUCAGUUAAUGACCACUGCUGCGACGGAAAAUUGAUGGACAAAUGCAGAGAAGUGGCUGUAUGUUACAUACAGCCACUUCUAUUGAAAAGCGGAUCUACGCACUAUGAGGUCCGUAGAAGCGCUAUAUUGCUUUAAUACAGUAACAGUAGACGUAGUAAGUUCGUAGAACAACAGAGUGGAGAAGAUGAAAAAUAAUUCACGAAUGAUAUUGUUGAUAUUUAUGGGUAUGGCUUCUUCUUGCACUGUCGCAGAAUCUAUCAAGCCGAAGGAGAAGCGCAGAAAAGAAAUUCAGAGGAGGUACCACAUCUUCAGCACUCCGUUGUUUGUUUGACUCGUCCUCGCUUCCAGAUCUUCUAGAAAAACGAUUCUACAGUUUUUCGUUUCAGUCGUCGUCCCUCCCGUAGUCAUGCCCUGUCGCUCCAAACAACUUCUCGUCGCUUCGCAUUCAUGGUCUGCACCGACCACGUCGAUCCCCCUUGUGGAGCUCGGAUUCUAUGCC